CAGACUGGAGCAGCAGACCCCCUCCCACACACACACACACACACACACACACACACACACACACACACACACACACACACACACGCACACACACACACACAUAUGAGGGUGCAUUUUACCAUCACACAGAGGUAGCAGAGGAAUGGAAGACAGAGAAGAGUCUUGCUCUCUUUUUGCCGAUCUUGUGUAUCACGUUUCUCCAUGGCGGCUUCAGGAAAGGCACAAAGUGUGUCCUUUGUUGCUAUUUGCCUGGAUUUUAGUGUGAUGCGCUAGCUACCACCUUCCUCACAAGCCUCAGCUGGACUCACCUCCAAUUCUUUGCAGAGUCUGGAAGAAAAGAAAUUUGUUAAGUCGAGCCCUGAGGAUGCUGAAGCUGAAGAAGACUUCAAGGAGUCAGGGAAAGUGGACACAUACAGAGAUUUAUCUACAUCAACCGAAGUGACACAAGUGGAAGUGAGCUCUGUUUGUGUGAAGUCUAAAGCAAACAAACAAAACCAAGCAGGCAGCAAGACAGUAAGCAUGUACAGUCAUGGUACCUGGGGGCCUAUGUUUUUGGGGCAUGUUGCAACAAAGGAGUUUCUGAAACAUGUAAAAGAAGCACAAGCAGUGGUCCAAGGAAGCAAAUUUCUUCUGAAUCCUGAAGCUUUGCUGUUACUGAAAAGAUCUGCUCCCAAAUAUCUUCAUUGGCAACAUGUCAUCUUUUCUCUAACACUGUCUGGAUCCAAACAUACCCAUCUGCCUACCUGCUAUCAUCACAUAACACUCAGGCUUCUCAUUACACAUUCGACCUCUUUAAAUUGCACAACCACACUUUCACGAGCAGCACAUAUAUGUAACAUGCAGUGGCGACGGCGACAUUGCUGUCCAAUUAAGAUGACAUGGAAUAUCAAGCGGUCAAUCUUCCGUAUGCACAUGAUGUGCCUGCUUUUUCUAGCCUUAAUUUUCACCAUCUUUCUCAGCUGCAGCUUCAAGGACUGGCUACCCAGUCAACAAGGACUACGAGAAGACUCUGUGGCCUACACAAUGCAUGGCUUGCAUCCGGUAAAGGAACAUGCUGAGGGCAACCAAAGUUCACUGCAAACCCUCUGGAGGGAGUCACUUUUUGUUCCUUCUAAGCCACCUAUGAACUUCAGUUCUCAUCAAUCAGAGGUUGCAGUUCAAAGCAUCUCAGGAAUGGAAGCGUCUCUCAGCACUAACAAAACAAAUGACAAUACCUUGCACAGAGAAAUGGGUGUGGGAGAGCAACUGGCACCUAAUCCAUACCGGUAUUUGCUGAAUGAGCCCUACAAAUGUCAAGACAGCAGCCCCUUUCUCAUUCUGCUCAUCGCAGUAGAGCCAGGGCAUGUGGAGGCUAGGAAUGCGAUCAGGCAAACAUGGGGAAAUGAAAGCCUGAUCAUGGGCAUGGGUUUCGUGCGUCUAUUUCUCAUGGGCAUGAAGUCCGGUUCUGAUGGCCACCUUCAGCACGCCAUUGUUGAAGAAAGCUUGCAGCACCAUGACAUCAUACAGCAGGACUACAUGGACACCUACUACAACCUUACCAUCAAAACACUGAUGGGCAUGAACUGGGUUGCCGAGUACUGUCCUCAUGCCAGCUACGUCAUGAAGACUGAUAGCGACAUGUUUGUCAAUACAGAGUAUUUAAUCAAAAAGCUGCUGAAGCCAGAAUUACCACCUCAGCACAAUUACUUUACCGGCUACCUAAUGCGAGGCUAUGCACCAAAUCGCAACAAAGACAGUAAGUGGUACAUGCCUCCAGAGCUCUAUUCCAGUGAGAGGUAUCCCAUCUUCUGUUCUGGCACAGGCUAUGUGUUCUCUGGAGACAUGGCAGGCAAAAUCUACCAGGCAUCACUGAGUAUACGUCGUUUGCAUCUUGAGGACGUCUAUGUCGGAAUCUGCUUAGCAAAGCUGCGCAUCGAUCCCGUGCCACCGCCAAACGAGUUUCUCUUCAACCACUGGAGAGUUUCCUACUCAAGCUGUAAAUACAGUCACCUUAUCACCUCCCAUCAGUUUCAACCAAGUGAACUCAUCAAGUACUGGAACCACUUGCAGAGCAACAAGCACAAUGCUUGCAUCAACAUUGUCAAGGAGAAGAAUAGCAAAUUGCGUCACAGGAAGUUGGAGUGGGAAAGGCAUCGGUGAUGACCACACGCAUGACUCACUGCAACAAAGUAUUUUAAAGCAUGAGUAAAUCAAUCAGAACCUUAAUAUAGGAAAGAGCACAGUUUCUGUCAUUAUGUAAAGUCAACUAAAACUAUUUUUAAAAUUUGAUAGAUGUUAUGUAUUGUAAAUCUGUUUAGAUAUUUUUUAAAGGGAUAUGAGAGGUAAAUGUUAUGUGCAACAUAUAGCAUGCACAAAAAGCAUAACAAAUGAGAUCCCCUUAUUCAGGUGCCAAGAAUAUUCACAAUGCAACAAUUUCACUCCAGACCUUUUAUUUCUGUAUUAAACAAGAAAACUUACAAGCAGACAUUAUAGUGGUAGAUUUGUCUCUCUCUCUCACACACACAUAUACAAACACACACACACACGCACACACAUAGCUGUACCUGUUGUACCUCUGUUCCUUCUGACAAUUUUUCAAUCAGACAACCAUGUGGUUAAAUUUGCCCUCAAUCUGAAGUUUGAUGACAAUUUUAAUUGCAGCUCUUGACCUGUAACUGCAUGAUUUUACACAUUGUUCUGGUGCCACAUGAUUGUUUGAUUGGAUAAUUUAAUUAAUGUGUAGGUCUGCAGGUGUUCUGAUAUAAAGACAAAGAGACAAAGCCUUGCAUAUGUUUACCCUUCUUGGGAACUUAAGAAAAUUAUUUAUUAAAUGUUUUUUCCUUUUUA